UUAUUAUUAUUAUUAUUAUUAUUAUUAUUAUUAUUCAUUAGUUUUUGUGUGGAGGCUGUUCUCUUUGGUCCUCUGAUUCAGAACAUCUCUGUUACAUUCAGUUUCUUCCAUUCGGCCUUCAGACGUUUGUUAUCAAGUGUCAUUAUUUAAUAAUAAUAAUAAUAAUAAUAAUAAACAGGUUUCCAUUUUUCCUUGCUCAAACUUCACGAGUCUUUUUUUUCGUGUCUUUGGACCAGCGCGCGCCUUUCUGGGGUGCACAGCAGGCACGUGCUCUUUCUCUCUGACGUGCACAUCUGGCGGAGUCAGCUGUCAGAUUCUGGGGCUGCAGAUCUCUGCUGUUGACCGUGCGCGUGUCUGUGCGCUGCUCGUGAAGCGGUUUGUGUUUGAUUCUCGCGCUGUCACUCAAGCACGCGCGCGGACUGAGUCUAGUAAACUGGUGGCGGAACGCGGGUGCGCGCGGCGCGGCCCGUUCAGUCCUCGCUGAGCCGCGUGACCGCCUUAUCAAAUCUUUGAUUUUGAUUCUAUUUGGUUUCGGGCUCGCGGGAGCGCCGCGCGGCUCCUCUCUCUUGACAUGCUUUUAUUUGGCUGAGGAAAACACGCGCGCGCUCCGCACAAACACUCCCGCUCUGGUUGGUUGAGGAGCCCGUCACAUCCUCGCGCCUGUCAGAGGGGCGGUAGGAGGGGCGAAGCGCUGACGUGAAGCCGGGGAGAGGGGCGCAGUUGGUCAGGCAGCGCGCGCAGGCAGCUGCUGAAAUGAGAGGUGAGCUUUGGAGUGCGCGCGAGCCUCUGGAUCUAAUAUCGCCUACCUGUCGUUGUCACUCCGACAGUCAGAGCAGGUUGCCGCAGUCCUCCCGGAGGUUAUGGAGAACCUCGAUGCUCUGGUCUAACGCGACCUGCAGCUCCGCGUGAACCACUGGAGCUGCGCGCCGCGCGCCGCUUGGAGAGCCGAACUGCGCCGCCGCCAGACUUCCUGCCUGUGCGAGGGCGCGUGCGAUCUACCGAUGAACUCUAUGAGGAAUCCAUUAAACUCAGAGCAGCCCCACCACCUCCACCUCCCCGGGAACAAACUCACGUCCUCCCAGCACUCCGCGCUGGCCAUGGCCUCCAGCCUGCAGCCGCUGCAGCGGGCGGCCGACUCCAAACACCGGCUGGAGGUGCAAGCCGUGUCGGACACGUCCAGCCCGGAGUCUGUCGAGAAAGAGAAGAUCCAAAACAAAAACGACGACUCCUCCGACGACCCCUCCAAGAAGAAGCGGCAGCGGCGGCAGAGGACCCACUUCACCAGCCAGCAGCUGCAGGAGCUGGAGGCCACCUUCCAGAGGAACCGCUACCCCGACAUGAGCACCCGGGAGGAGAUCGCCGUGUGGACCAACCUGACGGAGGCCCGAGUCCGGGUUUGGUUCAAGAACAGGAGAGCCAAGUGGAGGAAGCGGGAACGGAACCAGCAGGCCGAACUCUGCAAGAACGGUUUCGGGCCGCAGUUUAACGGACUCAUGCAGCCCUACGACGACAUGUACCCGAGCUACACGUACAACAACUGGGCCGCCAAGGGCCUGACGUCCGCCUCCCUGUCCACCAAAAGCUUCCCGUUCUUCAACUCCAUGAACGUCAACCCGCUGUCCUCGCAGACCAUGUUCUCCCCCCCGAACUCCAUCUCCUCCAUGACGUCCAGCAUGGUUCCGGCGGCGGUCACCGGCGUGCCGGGCUCCAGCCUCAACAGCCUUAACAACUUGAACAACCUCAGCAACCCGUCACUUAACUCGGGAGUGCCCACGCCGGCGUGUCCCUACGCGCCCCCGACCCCCCCAUACGUGUACAGGGACACUUGUAACUCCAGCCUGGCCAGCCUGAGACUGAAAGCCAAGCAGCACUCCAGCUUCGGAUACGCCAGCGUGCAGAAUCCCGCCACCAACCUGAGCGCCUGCCAGUACGCCGUGGACAGGCCGGUGUAACCCCCCCACACCUCUGCGCGCGGAGCUGAGCGCGGAGAGGCGCGCGCCCCGAGGGGAGAGCCGGCCGGCGGUGACGCGUCCACGCACCCGCGUGAGGAUUUUUGCUCAUAGCUGGAAUAGUUGGAAUUAUUUCAUUCUGACUUUAUCCCCAAGCCCCCCCCCCUCCCCCAUGCCCAUCAAAUCUUCCAUCCCGCGUUUCUGCUCUCCAGAAGGUUCCGGUCCAGACCGCGCGGGGUUCUCAACAGAGACUGGCACUUUAGUCUUUUUCCCAAACGGAGCACUCAAAGACUGAACCGAGCCGAACCAAGCAGGACUGCGGCUCGAACUGGACAGAAAAAGGCUUUUUUCUCCUCCCUCGGCGGUUCUGAGCGUCAGCCCAAAAGGUUGUACAUAAAUAUAAAUAGAUAUAUUUGAACCAUCACCCCCUCCCCCCAAUCCCUCCCCAGGCUCGUUUUUUAAACGCAUGUGGAUUAAAAAAAAAAGAAAAAAGAAGGUCAUGUUUUGCUUGCAAACAAAAAGGGAAUGUACAUAAAACGCACCGACUGUGUUUCUAACAUAUUAUAAAUUUAUUAUUGUCUGUGAAUAUCGAUUUAGAUUUAGUGUUUCUGGGUUAAAAAAAAAGAAGCAUCCAAAAUGUCUCCGAGACAGAUGAUUGUUUUCUCCUCUAUGUCAAAUAUUUGGUACGGAAUUAUCUUCUUUUAUUUCCAACAUCCAAGAAAAAAAAAACGUUGUGUUUUAUUUAAUGUAAGUAAAUCUAUUGUUCCAAACCA